AUGUCAAAUCGAAAGGCAAUUAAACGUAGAAGACAGACUGGGGAAGAUGAUGAUUUCUCUCCGUCAGUUGUCCCACAAAAGAAACGAUCAAAAUCACAAACUGGAUUUGACAACAAUGUCGACAGUCCUCAAGGAAGUCUUUCUCUCGGUGACGGUGAUGCAGGCGUCAGAAGGUCAUCAAGGACUCCAAAACCUAAAGUGUUUGAUGAUGAAGAAACUUCAGUAAUCAGUAGAACUCCGGACGUGUCUUCAAAUUCAGGCGAUUCUAGUUUGAUUCAUAAAGGGGAAUCUUGUUCAUUUUAUUCCUCUUCAUCAACAAACCUUCAACAAACAACGUCGACAAGCGACGCUUCAAUUUAUAGGAAACAAAGAAAGAUGGUUACGUAUGAUGACGGCCAUAAAAGAGAAACGAGGCGCAGUUAUCAAGAUUUCCUGAAAGAACUCGAAACAGAAUCAGCUGUUUCAAGUAAACAAACAAAGGAGCAGAUUCAAGACACAGGUCGAGCUGGGCAAAGCAGCGUUGGAAAGAUGACAAAAAAUAUUGCUUCAAAGAGAAAAUCCGACGGAAAUGUAACCCCUAAGAACCCUGGAGUCAUGAUGACUCCAAAUGACAAAGGUCCCUCAAACACAAAGGUCAAGAAAGAAACCCCAGAUGAGGCCUCACCUAAGGUGAGGUCUUCAUCAAGGACCCCUGUACCAAAAAGGGUCUUCUCCUUACUGGAAGAGGAGGAAAAUGUUGAGGUAAAAUCAAGAAUAUCAGGCUCCUCUGUUGCUGAAAGUGAAACUGUAGAUUCAAGUUUGACUAACGUAAGGUCUUCAUCAAGGGGUCAUGUGCCAAAAAAGAAUUUUCCUUUACUUGAGAAAGACAGCGUUGAUGCAAAGGAAUUCAAACAAACUACACCAGAGCAAACACCUUCAAAGACAAGGACUCCAAAACUUGGUAUCAAGAGGAGGUUAUCAGCGGCAGAAGAAAGAAGUCAGCAGAAUGUGCAGGAUCCGCCAAAGAAUGCAUCAGCAACUACCAAUGAGCCCUCACCAAAAGUUAGAGUUUCUUCACGUGGCCACAUGCCAAAGAGAACUUUCUCACUUCUAGAAGGUGAUGAAGGUACAGAUGAAACUACAAGAGAUGUUGGUCUUCCAGAAAAAGUACAUGCAGGUGACAGAAGUAUCUCAAGGACUUCAGCUGAGGAUCAAAGAGACGGUGUCACAAGAGAGCUCAAGAAACGGAGAAGUAGUAAUGGACAACCAAUCAGUCAUACAAGUAAGCAAAAAUCUUCUCAAGAGGGUGUAAAAUGGGCUUCUGUUUUUGGAGGUGAAAUAUCAGAUGGCAAAGUAUUUGAAGGGUUAGAAGUUGAUAAGACAGAAAUAAAGACUCAAAGUCCAUCCAAGUUGACUCACAAAAGGAAACGCUCAAGUGAUGUGAAAGAAGAAAAUGAUGAAGGAAGUUCUGGUAGACAUAAAAGUAAACCUGUGAAGAAAAAGGUUACUUCCACAGAAAAAAACCCUGCUUCAAGGCAAAGUGCAGGCAGUGUUAAAGUCUCAGUAAAAUCAGAGCCGGUCUUUUAUAGUGAACCUGUGGAAACACCCAAGGGUGCCAAAGCAAAGACAUCAAAUAAAAAGAAGCAAGAAAGUGAUAUGUCUGCAAAGCAAAGUCCGUCAGUGAAUAAAGAUUCGACAAUAAAACAGGAGAGUAUGGACUCAAAAAGAGAUGCAUUUUCAUCAAGUGACAUUGCCAAGCAAAUUGCUGAUGGCGCAGGAACUUCUUCUGAUGUAAGCACUAGUGGUUUGAAGGAUAAGAGAAAAGGAUUGGCUGGCAAAAACAAACGAGGAAAAGAUGAGAAAGUUAAGAGGAAGGAGAAGAAAUCAGAAAAAGAUGUGAGUAAUUCUGGAAGUGAAUCUGCUGAAAAAGAGCCAAUUGUUUUAAAGUUGCAUCUUCCUCAAACUGAAGAUUCAACGAAGCACAAAAAACAUCACCAUCAUCAUCAUCACCACCACCACCAUCAUCAUCACAAACACAAACAUUCUUCAGGAAGCCAUGAUGAUGGCUCUCCCAAAAAAUCACAUCACAAGAAAUCUGUAGCAAAAUCAUCUGAAAAUAAUACAGAGGCUGAUGAAAGUAAAAAGGCAGAAAAAAAGAAGAAAAUAUCCAUCAAAUUUAAGGGUCUGUCUUCCGAGAAGAUUGAUCUUGAGAUGGCUGCUGAUAGCCCUGGACUAAUGCAGAGUGCAGGACUUAGUGAAGCAGAGAACAGCGAAGUCAAGACCACAAAACCCACUAAGGAAAAAGACAAAAAGAAAAAGAAAACAAAUGCAGAUGGCCCUGGACUAAUGCAGAGUGCAGGACUUAGUGAAGUGGAGAACAGCGAAGUCAAGUGUACAAAACCCGCUAAGGAAAAAGACAAAAAGAAAAAGAAAGCAAAGGCAGAUGGCCCUGGACUAAUGCAGAGUGCAGGACUUAGUGAAGUGGAGAACGGUGAAGUCAAGUCUACAAAACCCGCAAAGGAAAAAGAGAAAAAGAAAAAGAAAACAAAUGCAGAUGGCCCUGGACUAAUGCAGAGUGCAGGACUUAGUGAAGUGGAGAACGGUGAAGUCAAGUCUACAAAACCCGCAAAGGAAAAAGAGAAAAAGAAAAAGAAAGCGAAUAAGACAGAUUUGUCGUCACCUCAAUCUGACAGUGAACAUGUAAAAUUAGUGAUUAAGAAAGACAAGCUUCCAUCAGGCUCCAAAGCUGCAGAAAAGAAGACAAGUGGCCAGCCGACAACUUCGCAAGCUAAAUCAGGUAAUCAGAAAAAGAAGGCAGCUCCCUCAACAGGUAGUACAAAAGGAAAGGCAAGUGCAACUCCAAAAAAAGGCAGCAAGACUCCAGAGGUAUGUUGA